UCCCCCACAGGCGAGGCUCUGGGGCAGCUGCGUGAGGCGGGGCGGGGCGGGGAGGAGCUUGGCCCGCUGGUCGAUGCCGUGGAGACUUCGCAGCUGCAGCAGACCACGCGGUACUCAGGAGGCCUGCAGGAGGCGGACGACAACAGAAGCAAGAACGCGGGCGGCAGCAGCGGAGGUCGGCGUCACCACAACAACCACGGCGGCGCUCGGAGGCAGCAACAUCACGAUUGCAACAACAACGACAUCGCAGAGUGUGUGGAGCUGCUCGAAGUCCUCACCAAUAAGGACCUGGGCUUCGCGGCGACCGUGGACGAGCUCAACAAGAUGUGCCCGGUGCUGCUGAAUGGUCUGCAGUGCAUUGAUAACUACACCCGCCGUUGCCUCACCCAAAAACACCGCGACUACUUCAACAAGCUCUACGCCGGCACGAUUAGGGUGAUCAAGGACCUCUGCAACACCCGCGGCCGAUACCAGGAGGAGUACAUCCGCCACGCGCCCUGCAUGCGUCAGGUGAACCCCAAGUAUAACGUGUGCUCCGUCACCUACCACCAGAAGACCGUGUCCCUCAACCACAUGCAAGACGCCUCCGCCAGUCUCUCAGAGGACGAGAAGAACAGGAACGUGAUCAUCCUCUGCUGCUCGUUCCAGGAGUACCUUCAGUGCUCAGAACGUGUGGUGUUCGAGACGUGUGGCAACGAGACGGCGCUCUUCACCAAGGAGUUCCUCGACCGCAUGGCAGGACCGAUCGUACAGGGCGAAUGUUCUCAGGUCUUUAAUUUGUCCCUGUGCCCGCGAGGACUGUUCCCCAGUGUCCCAGGGAGCCCGACGCACCCAGACGCCUCCUCCACCGCCCCAAGCCCCUCCCUCCGCCCCCCCACGCCGCUGAGGGACCCCACGGUGGCUCCCCAGUUCGAGGUGAUCACAGAGCAAGAGGACCCCCAGAUGUUCCCCCCCAGCAGCCCCGCCCCGCCGCCCCAGGCCUCGGACACGCUGCUCCUCACGCCCAGCACCACGCAGAGGCCCGCCCCGCCCCCGCCGGACACGCCAACGAAGGGAGGCGCCGAGGACGGUGCUACAGAAAUCCUAAGAAUGUCCAGCGCCCGCAAGGUGGAGGUGUCGGCCGCUGAGAGGGACGCCGCCGCCUCAACGUUCAAAUGCACCAAGUACGCCCCGGGCAGCCGUGUGUGUGAGACAGCCAGCUCCCCCGCCGCGCCCCCCACCUCCCCGCCGCUGCUGCUGAUGCUGACGCUGAUGACGAUGACCUUCCUCCCCCUCAGGAUGGUCCUCGUCUAGGCUACACCCCUCUGACAUGACCGACCUUUACCCUCCCCCAUUUGGCCGUUUCCCUUUCCCUCAAGUCCAAUUUUCCUCUUCCUCGGCCGUUUAUCAUCUCUCUCCUUUGUUCUUUGUUCCUUCUGGUUCUAUAAUCCUUUUCCUGGUUCUAUUUUCCUUCCCCGAGUCCUAUAUUCCUUUCCCAGUGUUAUUUUCCAUUCCUUUCCUUUCCUUUCUUCGUUCCCUGUUCCCUCUUUUUCUCUCCCUCUCGCCCUAGAUGGCUUUCCUUCCUCCCCUUCUCCCCACACGCCUUCCUGCUCUCCCCACUUGUCUUCUCCACACUCCCCUUACCUCCUUGUCUCCCCAUUUCCCUAUCUGCCUCCCUUCCAGACCUAUUUGUCCCACUUUCUCUAUAUUCUUUACUUCCAUCCCAUUCUCUUUUUCCUCGUGCUUGUUUUCUGUUUCGUCUCUUAUUCUUGUCUUCGAUGUCUCUGUUCAUCGUCUGUGUCCUCGUUUCAUGAUCCUCGCUUCUCCCUUGUCCUCGUUUUGUACCUGUCAUGUUCUUGUUACUCGUUCUUCGUUCCUCUCUCUCCUCUUCUCGCACUUUACUUCCCGUCCUUUGUCCUCGUCCUCGUCAUCGUCCUCUGUCCUCAUUCCGUAUUCUUUGUCCUGAGUCUUCGUCCUCCUCAUCCUGUCCCCUUGUCCCCUUCCUCCUCGUCCCCAUCCUCGUCCACCACCUUCUCCCAGCCCGUCAGGAGAGAGAGGCGCUCCUGAAGUGAUGUGUAAUGGCCAACACGAGACAGACAGACGGACGGACAGACAGAUAGACAGACAGACAAGGAGUUCUAUAUACUACUUAAAUCACAAGGAAAUGCUAAUAAUCACAGUGUAUAUGUAAGAAAGAGAGAGAGAGAGAGAGAGGGGAGGAUUGUAUAAAUAAAUUGUGAUAUAGUGAUAGAGAAGGAGGAGAUAGAGGAGGGAUAAACUAUGUAGGUCUUUGUAAUGUUAACACUGAAAAUAUAGAGAGAGAAAAAAUAAAUAAAAUAGAAAAAUAGAUAGAAUAGGGAAUAAAAUAAGGAAGGAAGGAAGGAAAUGUUACCACUGGAAAACAUGUUAAGAAGGAAAGAUAUAGAAAAGAAAACAGAUAAAAAUAGGGGAUGAGAGAAGGAAGGAAGGAAGGAGGGAGGUGGUGUAAAAUAAAUAAAUGUAAGAGAGAAGAGAAAACAAGAGAUGAAAAUACGGAAUGAGAGAAUGAAUGAAGGAAGGAAGGAGGGAGGUGAUGUAAAAUAAAUAAAUGUAAGAGAGAGGAGGAAACAAGAGAUGAAAAUAAGGAAUGAGAGAAUGAAUGAAUGAAGGAGACAAUGAAAAAUAAAUAAAUAGCUGAAACAUAAUAAAAGAAAAGAGGAAACAGAUGAAAAUAAGGAAUAAGAGAAGGAACGAAGGAAGACAAAUGUAAAAAUAAAAAACAUAAGAGAAAAGAGGGAAUAGGAGAAUGAAUGAAAGGAAGAAAGGAGACUGUAAAAAAAAAGAGAAAUAACGGAAACUUACAAAGAGAAAAUAAAAACACGAAAAUAGGAAAUAACGAGGAGAAGGAUGGAAGGAAAAAAUGUAAUAAAAACGGAGAUGAAAACAAGGAAUGAAAGAAAGGAAGAAGUGAAACUGUAAAAAUAGAUCAAUGAAGGAAACUUACGAAGAGAAAACAAACAUGAAAAUAGGAAAAUGAUGAAGAGAAGGAAAGAAAACAUUGUAAAAAGAAAAAAGAAAAACGAAGAUAAAAACAAGGAAUGAAAGAAAGGAAGAAGGGAAAGUGUAAAAAUAGAUCAAUGAAGGAAACUUACGAAGAGAAAACAAACAUGAAAAUAGGAAAAUGAUGAAGAGAAGGAAAGAAGACAUUGUAAAAAAAAGAAAAACGAAGAUAAAAACAAGGAAUGAAAGACAGAAAGGAGACAGUGUAAAAAAAUAAAAUAAACAUACAAAGAAAAAAACAUGAAAAUGGGAAAUAACGAAACGAAGGAAAAAGACGUAAAAAAAAAAAAAAAAAAACGAAGAUAAAAACAAGGAAUGAAAGAAAGGAAAGAAAGAAGACAAUGUAAAAAAUAUAGAUAAACAACAAACAUACUAAUAAUAACAGGGAAUACAUGUAAUAAUAAUAACACUAAUAUCCUUCAAAAGAGAGAUAGGAGAGACGAACAAUAAUGCAUAAAUACUAAAAAACUUAUUCUCCACCCCAAUUCUGCUUCGGAACCACUCUUAGUCACACCUUACCGGGGGGAGGGGGGGGGGGGCAGGUGGUGGUGGUGGUGGUGGUGAUGAUGAAAGGAUGGAAGGAAGGAAGGAAGGAAGAAGGAUGGAAGGAAGGAAGGAAGAAGGAUGGAAGGAAGGAAAGAAGGAAGAAGGAAGAAGGUUGGAAGGAAGGAAGGAAGGAAAGAAGGAAGAAGGAUGGAAGGAAGGAAGAAGGACGGAAGGAAGGAAGGAAGGAGGAAGAAGAGGGUCGGAAUUGCUUGCUUACUUAAUGUGUGUGUGUGUGUGUGUGUGUGUGUGUGUGUGUGUGUAUUUGUGGUUUUCAUUCUUUUAUUAAUUAAUCUCUCUCUCUCUCUCUCUCUCUCUCUCUCUCUCUCUCUCUCUCUCCAUAUAAGCUCCCAACGCCUCUUUCUUUGUGUGUGUGUUUGUAUGUUUGUUUUAGAGUCUCAAAGCUCAUGAAGUUGUUACCAAAAAAAAAAAAUGUCCCUCAAAUGAUCACCUACUUUUUUUUAUAAUGGUGCUGAAGAAACCGUAAUAAUGACAAUAAUAAUGACAAUAAUAAGUAAUAAUGACUAAUAAGGAAACGAUACAAUGGUGCUUCCUUCAUACGAGUCAAAAUGAUGAUGAUGAUGAUGAAUUGCACCGGGGUUCGAAGCGUGGUCCGAGCGCUCUGACUCAGCCAAUCAGCCACCACCACCACCCCCUCCCCCCCCCUCCCCCCCACCGCCGCUCACCGUCUGUUGUAGCAGUUAAUUUUUUUUCUGUUUUUCCACCCGUUGUCGGCAAAGAUAAUAUUUAGGCUUAAUGAUUUCCCUCUGAUUCUAAUUAAUGAUAUAACUGUAAAUAUGUACAGAAAUACUUCUUUUAUCUAGGACGUUAUCAUACUUUUAUGUGAACAACAACAACAACAAUAAAAUGUGUUUAAUACGCUUCA